CUCACUCGCGUUGCACCUCAACCAAAAAACAACAAAUUAAAUCAAAAUGGGUCGUAUGCACAGUAAUGGAAAGGGUAUGGCAUCCUCUGCUUUGCCCUACGUUCGCUCUCCCCCUGCCUGGUGCAAGGCUGAUGCCGAAUCUGUUGUCGAUCAAAUCGUCAAGUUCUCCAAGAAGGGUAUGUCCCCUUCUCAAAUUGGUGUGACUCUUCGUGACUCUCACGGAAUCCCUCAAGUUCGCUUCAUUACUGGUCAAAAGAUCAUGCGUAUCUUGAAGGCUAAUGGUCUUGCUCCCGAGCUCCCCGAGGAUCUCUACAAUCUUAUCAAGAAGGCCGUUACCGUUCGUAAGCACUUGGAGCGUAACCGUAAGGACAAGGACUCCAAGUUCCGUUUGAUUCUCAUCGAGUCUCGUAUUCACCGUCUUGCUCGUUACUACCGCAAGGCUGGUGCUCUUCCUCCUACCUGGAAGUACGAGUCUGCCACUGCUUCUGCUUUGGUUGCUUAAGCUUGUCAGACAACGGCAAAGUGAAUUCUUGGUUGAAAUUUGCUUUUGGGCUUGAAAAUAAGAUUGUUAUCAUAA